UUCUAAAAUAUUGAAAACUCUACGUGAAAAACUUAAAUGGAUAUAUAAUAAUUUUGAAUUGUUUAGAGAACAUAUUCUUAAUUAAUGUGUUCAAAUCAUAGCUCAACAUCUACAGAGGUGAUGAAGAAAAGUACCAUUUUGUUUGUGUGAUUCUAGAAUCCAGACUUUGCUUAGAUUUGGCAGUGUUGGUCCAUGAUACCCAAAAAGGAAAGACAUUUUAGUUUUCGUUGGCCUUCAACUUCAACAUUCCCAUCUCAUCUGUCAAAGCCUGUAUGGAUGCUAUACAAAAAAAGUUAGAUUUGAAGCUAAGCAAUGAUGCAAAGGAAAAUUCCAUUUUGCUACUUUCUUUGCUUCACCUUUCCUAAUACCUCCCCUCAUCCCAAAUCCAUUUUCAAGACAGGGAACUAACUCCUCAACAAGCAAUGUCUUCCUCUUUUGAUCAUCUUCUUCUCCUCCAUCAUUUCCUUCCUUCCUUCAACCAUUUUCCACCGCCAUGGAAGAUAUGAACACCCUUGCCGCCGACUGCAUUGUCAUAUGCUGUUGCUGCCAAUGCCUGGCGUUGCAUAUCCUUCUCCUUCUGUUACUCAAGCUUCCCUGUAAACUCGUUCGAAAAACGAGAGACUUCGCCAAAAGAAGGCUAAGAAUGAGAGAAAAAGAGGAAAAGAUGGUAAUGGAAGAUGAGGUUAGAGGCAUUAGUAAUGGAAGUUGUAUGAGAAGUGAAGAAGAUGGGUUGGGUUUGAGUUGUUGUAUGGAAGAGAUUGAGAGGGUGAUGCAGGAUUUGCAUGAGAAGGGAGAGUUUGGUUUUGGAAGCUUUUGGGGAAGAAAGGGUAACUCAGUUUCAGGUUCCUGCAGAGAUGAAGAGCCAUUUAAUCCUACACAUGUACAGUAUCAAUUAAUUCAAGUACCUUCUACAUGAGACGCCCUUUCUGUUUCUCCUUCUAUAUCCCUUCUUCAUUUCCUGCUGUUUUUCUGCCAAAAUUUACCAAAACAUCAGAAAUAACAUAAUCAGCAGAGAGAGGAAGAAAGAGCAUAACUUAGUUAAUAAAAAGUUCCUUUUGUUGUAUGUGAGAGAGAGGGAGGGAGGGGCACAAACUCAGAGAAGCCUGUGUAUCUAUCAGCAAACAAUUCUAUUGAAAUGAAAUUAAAGAACAACAGGAAGGGCUGUGCUCAUUAUUGUGGCAUAAAUACAUGAUCUAAAGCUCAUCUCUGAGCUGUCUAUUAUACAAAGUACGUGGAAAAGGAAAAAAAAAAAAAAAAAAAAAA